CUUGCUUGUGCGCGCAAGAGAGCAGUCUAGAGCAGCAGCAAGCGGCUGAGCCGGGCUUCUUAGCCCUACAGACUGCAGCUCUGUGCGGUAACUUUACCUGUACCUGUACCUGUACGAAACAAGGGGUAUGUGUGUGAUGGAAUGCAAGGAACCGCAGAUCUGAAACAGAGUUCAUCAAUCUGAACCAUUCAAACAGCCCAAGAGAACCAGAGCAAGUGCUAAUCAACGCUGGAGCCCAGCGGGUUUGCGAAAAUGACAAAGCGCACCACUUUACUGAUCCGGAUCGUUGAAGGGAAGAAUUUACCUGUGAAGGAUAUCACUGGCAGCAGUGACCCGUACUGUGUUGUCCGCAUUGACAAUGAAGCCAUUAUAAGGACCGCCACUAUCUGGAAGACCCUGUCCCCAUUCUGGGGUGAAGAAUACAACGUGCACCUGCCGCCCACCUUCCACACGCUCUCCUUCCACGUGCUGGAUGAGGACUCGCUUAGCCGCGAUGAUGUCAUUGGAAAGGUAUCCAUCACCAAAGAAGUCCUGGCCACCAAGCCUCAAGGCUUUGAUGGGUGGAUGAGCCUGACAGAGGUGGACCCUGACGAGGAGGUGCAGGGAGAGAUUCACCUGCAGAUCUCCAUCCAGAACAGGAGGCUGCGCUGCCACGUCUUCGAAGCCAGAGAUCUGGCGAGGAAGGAUCGCAAUGGAGCCUCCGAUCCCUUUGUGAAAGUCCGUUACAAUGGCAAAACACACGAGAGCACAGUGGUGAAGAGGUCAUGCUAUCCACGCUGGAACGAGAGCUUCGAGUUUGAGCUGGACGAGUCUCUGUGUGAGAACACUCUGAGUGUGGAGGUGUGGGACUGGGACCUGGUCAGCAAGAACGACUUCCUGGGGAAGGUCAUGUUCAAUAUCAGUAAGCUGCACAGUGUGCAACAGCAGGAGGAGGGCUGGUUCCGGCUGGACCCUGACAAGAGCAAGAGCAGCGAGUACGAGGGAAACCUGGGCUCCCUCCGCUUGCAGCUGAGACUCCGAGACGAGCGCGUCCUCCCCUCCAGUCACUACCGCCCCCUUACUGAGCUGCUGUGCCAGGCUGUGCGCACCAGCCUGAAUGGCAACCAGCCGGACCUGCUCAUGUUGAUCGACGAAACCACCACGGCUGAGAGCCGACAGGAAGUGUCCACUAACCUGGUGAAGCUCUUCCUGGGGCACGGCUUAGCCAAGGAGUUCCUGGAUGUUCUCUUCAAACUGGAGCUGGAGAAAACCAGUGAAUCAAACACCUUAUUUCGAAGCAAUUCGUUAGCCUCAAAGUCCAUGGAAUCAUUUUUAAAGGUUACAGGAAUGCAGUAUCUGCACAGAGUUCUGGGGCCGACUGUGAACCGAGUCUUCGAUGAGAAGAAGUAUGUUGAGCUGGACCCCAGCAAAGUGGAGAUCAAGGAGGCUGGCUGUACGGGGCUGCACCGGAUUCAGACAGAGGCUGAUGUGAUUCAGCAGGGCACUCAGCACCUGCAGUCCUACCUGACCGAGCUGCUGCACUCCAUCGUCAAGUCCGUGAGUCACUGCCCCCCCCUGCUGCGCGUGGCCUUCCGACAGCUGUGCCAGAGAGUGCAGGAGAGAUUCCCAGAGAGGGAGUACCGGGUGAGAGCAGGAACCAGGACAUCACACACUGAAAACAGACAGAAAGUGAAGUUCAUUGCAGUGACCAGUUUCCUCUGCCUGCGCUUCUUCUCCCCUGCAAUCAUGUCUCCCAAACUCUUUCACCUCCGAGAGAAGCACCCCGACGCACGCACCAGCCGCACCCUGCUGCUCCUAGCCAAGGCAGUUCAGAGCAUUGGGAACCUGGAUACCCUAGCAGUGAGGUCCAAGGAGCCUUGGAUGGGGCCCCUGCAGCCUGCCAUCCAGCAAGGCAUCGCCCAGCUCAAAGAGUUCAUCACCCAACUCAUCAGCGUCGAAGACAAGGAAGAGCUGGGUGAGGAGAGGCUCAGUCUGCAGCCAGCCGGCACACUCAAAGAGGGGUUCCUCUUCCUUCACAAGACCAGAGACAAGUGCAUGCUCAUGGCAUCGCCCUUCAAGAAAUACCACGUCACCCUGCGCAGCAACAUCCUGUCCUACGCCAAGACCCCCAACUCCAAGAAGAGCUCGUUCAUCUCUCUGCAGAAGGUCCAAGCUGUGGAGAAGGUGGAGGAGAAGAGCUUUGGCAGCUCCCACGUCAUGCAGAUCAUUUGGAGCGAGGAGAUGGAGCAGCUUGAAAUCCUCUACCUGCAGUGCAAGAGUGUGAAUGAGCUGAAUCAGUGGCUCUCUGCUUUGCGCAAGUCCUGCAUCCACAACACAGAGACCCUCAAUUCAUAUCACCCAGGCGUCUUCAAAGGAGACAAGUGGAGCUGCUGCCACCAAAAGGAGAAAACAGCUGCAGGUUGUGAUAAAACCCGACAUGGAGUGACCCUGCAGGAGUGGAAUGACCCCCUGGACCCGGAUCUGGAGUCCCAGUUAAUUUUCAGACACCUGCUGGGAGUCAGGGAGGCAAUGAGGGACAAAUACCUGGAAGUGGUGAAGCUGGAGAAAGAUAAAGAUUCAUUCCAGAGCCAUAAACAAGAUUCAGAGCUGAAGGACACAGUAAGCAGGCUCUUCCAGCUUCUUCAAGACAUGCAAGAUUUUCACAAAGACCUGGAGCGCUCGGAGAAACAGAAAAAUACAAACUGCCUCCUGGAAUUGCAGACGUAAACCACAGCAAGCCUUUGUUUUGUUUGUGGUUUUUCAAGGCAUUAUUUUAAACACCUAAAGACCUCCAUUUUGUGCCAUGAGGACCAUUGGCACAAUUAAACCUGUCCUUGUUUGAAUAGAAAUACCACAGAUAAACCAGUAGGUCCACAUGGGAGAUUGUGCCAAAAAGCUUCCCCCAGGCCUCUGAAUGGGGAUCAUGUCUUGGAUCACAGGAAGGACUGGGAUAUAUGAAGAAGGAAGAAAUGGAAAAUACAUGACUUGCUUGUGGGUUGUUAUGAGUAAAUAUAAUAGACACCAAAAAUGACUAUAUAUGUAUAUCAAACCUCUAGAUAGUCAAUGAAUGUUAUUGUAUUGCACUGUUUUCUGAGUCUGUAAAUCAAUACUAGUGUAGUGGCUUCGGGGGUCACGUUUUCUUGUUCUUGGAGCAGCUCAGGUGGUCCAGUGGUAUAAGCUGAGGAAGGGCAGCUUCGAAAACUUGAGUUCAAAUCUCAAAUAUUUAGUUUACCUCUUGUGCUUACACAACUGCACAUUUUUUAAUAAUCUUUGUGUGUAUGGUUCAUAGUGUUUAUAGAAAGAAAAUUAACCAGAAAAGCAGAAUAACUGCAAAUGAAGGGGGGGGAGAGGGGUGGCAAAGUUUAGGAUGGUCCACUUUGCAAAUAAAGAGCUGCACUGCUUUGUAUAAUCCUUCAGCAGCUCCCCUGAGAGUAUGCAUGUUAUCUUUCCCCAUGUGAGGAUGGGGUUGUCUGCUUCCAAACAAACACAAUGAGGCCUCUUGCCAAUAUGGGUUGCAAAGGAGUGUCUGCCUCGACACUGGCAAGAAAGGGGCCACCCUAACACAAGACAAAUCCAUAUUGUAAUGGAGCUCCUCCUAGUGGCUGAUGAGUUAAUAACACUGACAGCAGCUUAAGACACGCACUUCCCUCUCAGAUACAGAGCUUGCUCUUUAGUUGACUAGUCAAGUGCAUCGUCUUUGAUUGGUGAUGUUGCCUCUCAGUUCAAUUCAAAGGGCUGAGAUGCAGAGCCAUGACAUUAGAGAUGAGAGAAACCAGAUUUAGUUUGUAUCUCUUCAAUUCUGUAUUCACAAUUCCAUUUAGAAGAGGAAUUUGGGUGCACCAGUAUACAAAAAAGGGUAUAUUACCUGUAAAUAUUAAUAAUAUAUCUUUUUUAGACACUAUUAUCUGCUUGAAAAGCCAGGAAAAUGUUGCUCAAUAGUAUCAUAGCAAUUCUAGGAGCUCAAUAGCCACUGAUGUAUUCAUGUCUGUUAAUACAGGCAUGUUAGUCAGUAGCGUUGCACUAACACUGCAGUUCAUCCAGAUUAAAAGGCAGAGGGCCUUAUGCUGAAGCAAAAGCGCAUUUUCAGAUAGCAAAAAACAAUGUUGUCACAAUGAGACUAAAUGCUGAAGGCAGUGCUGGAGCUGCACUGAGCUGCUGGUUGUUCUACAGCAUUGUGUUUUGAAAACGCUCUCGUGAAUGGCUUCCAUCAAACACCUCACUUUUCUUCUAUCCUCAUGUAGAAGUUUUUAUAACAUUGGAUUUUUCCAUUCUCAAACUAAAAGCAUUCAGCAGCAUGUGUUUGUGUUUCGUUAUACAAUGUCAAUUUCUAUGUAUUGUCUAAUGUAGUUUUGUUGCUAUAUGUCUUGUUGCACUACUUUUGUUUGUAAUAUGUACUUAAGUACAUACAGUGCCGGCUCACAUUCUAGCAACAACAAAUGAUUUACAGCAAGACCAGGGGGUGGGGAUUGUAGUGCCCGUGUUUCCACACUCAGAACCCUUACUAAAUACCCUGGAAUCUCUGAAUAGAUCAUCGUCUCCCCUUUAAACAUGUGCUAAAUAUUUUAAUGAGCAAGACAUCUCACAAGUGGAAUGGUCCCCAGAAAUGUUCUCCAUUUCCUAUGAAAGCAGCACAGCUGGGGAUGUGGAGUUCGUUGCUGGAUAACUUCACUCAGACUGCUUGUUCACAAAAUAUCCUGGUAUCCCUGAAUAGAAAAUCAUCUCCUCUUAAAAGUAUGCAAGAUAAUUUAAUGAACCAGUACUAUACAGUGUGUGUGUGUGUGUGUGUGUAUAUAUAUAUAUAUACACACACACACACACACGCACACGCACACACACACACUUAAUAUGUGCAUGUGUGCUUUUGCACUUACAGCAGAACGAUGCCCAGAACGUCAUUCAGACUAGCUCGUUUUGUUUGAAUACAGCCCAACAAGUUUUUAAAAUAAUCUAUUGAGGCUAUACCAUCACUUUAGAAGGGGGCUCCAAUCAGACAGCAGAAAAGCACAAGGGUAUUAAAAUGGCGAGUUAUGAUUGGUCGCUAGUCGUGUAGCCCACUGCAUUUGAAUGCUUGAGAUUUCAUGGCGUCAAAUCACAGCCUAGUUUCCACAGUCACAGUAGUUUGCUGUGUUUUCUCAGGCACCAAUGUGUUUUGAGAAUUCUGUUGGCAGUGGUCAUUAACCCUAUAUGGUUAGCAAGGUAUAUAAACGUAUAAACUGCUUGCAAGUAAUUUUAUAUGCGCUACCAAUA